CGGCGAUAGCCAUGGGUUGUUUGAAUCGAGUGCAUCCUCCAUCAGAGAUUGUGACGGGAUGGAUCGUCAUCGUCUUGACCGCCGUGGCGAUGGCCAUUGCGAAUCUCAUCACGGUCUUCUCGGUGGAGUAUUUGGUGACGCUGAAGUUCUACAUCGUGCAACUGGCCGUGGACACCCGCGGCGUUGUCAAUGGCAUCUUUGUUCUCAUGGCGUUGAUGGCCUUCUGGGCCACACUGGGCGCGAGCCUGGUGCAGUUGCUGGCGCCCGACGCCGGCGGCUCGGGGUCAGCGGAGAACAAAGGUUGGCUCAACGGCUUUGAUACCGCGAGAUUUUUCUCCGUAAGGACGCUGGUGGUGCGCUUUGUGGCGGUCAUCAUCUUCAACACCACGGGCUACCCCUGUGGUCGUGAGGGUCCAACGGUGACGCAAGGCAGUGGCCUGGCCUUCCUCUUCUGUCGAUGUAUCUCCUCCAAACACAAGGGUGCCAAAGAAUACCUGGACAUGCGCAGUGGCGCCCCUGGUGCCGUCCGAAUGGGUUGCAUCGUUGGUGGCGCCUGUGGAAUGGCGAUGAUUUUUGAUUCACCGCUGGGUGGCAUCCUGUACAUGUUUGAGGAGGUUGGCCCAGCCCUGUGGCCUGUGGAAUUAACCUUCAAAGCCUUUGUUGGAUGCGUCAUUUGCACCAGCAUUUCGUAUGCCUUGCUGGCCAUGGCUCAUACAUCUAUCAGACAAUUCGUCAUUUUUGAGAUGUGGUACGGUCCAUCUGUGAAAGACUACAGCUACCGCGACGUUCCGGGCUUUUUGGUGCUCUCCCUCUUUUGCGGUUUGCUGGCACCGUUGCAUACCAUGCUUUGUUUGAGAGUGGCCGCACUGCGCAAGCGUUGUCAUGGAGAAACGCGGCUUCGGACGUGUCAACCUUGGGCCAAAAUCGCUGAUGCCACCCUCUUCGCCAUGUUCUGUGCGCUAAUCACCGGCUUCACCUCGUGGAUCUCAAGGUGUUUUCCUUCCGAGGCGCACAAUCUUUCCGGAGAGAAACUGAGCUCCGUCCAAUUUGACUGCCCGGCACAGCACUUCAAUCCGGUGGCAUCAUUGCUUCUGACUACACCUGAUGGGGCUGUGAAAUUGCUCUUCAACCGCGACAACUUCGUGAUGACGGGUCGCGCCUCGGCUAUCGCAUUCCUGACCUACUUCACAAUGAACGUGGCCUUCACGGGGGUCCCGGUGCCCACGGGGAACUUCACAGGGACCAUGGUUAUUGGCGGCAUGGCGGGGCGCGUAAUGGGAUGUUGUUUGAGCGAAUGUUUUCCCAGCAUGGACUUCGCAAGCAAUGGCAUCUAUGCCAUGAUUGGUGCCGCAGCCAUGCUGUCCAGUUUCAAGCAGAUGAGCGUGGCCUGCGUGCUAUUCAUCAGUGGAGCCGCUAACAACGUGGACUUGAUUCCUCCACUGAUGCUGGCGGUCAGUAUCUCUCUCUUCACGAGCCGAUGGACAGCUUGCACCAGGCCUUGGGAUGAAGAGCAAGUGAUCUUGAAGAAGGUGCCAUAUCUGCCUGCAGAGUUUUGCAAGGAGUUGGCGCACUUCUCCACCCUUGAUCUAAUGGACGAGCUGCCUAGGGAAGCUGUGAGCUUGAAGGCGCUGGCGGAGGUGAAAGACGUUGAAGCUGCCUUGAAGUCCUGUGAGGCGCCCUUUCUGCCGCUGUUGGAGGAGGGCCGUUGUGUCUCGCUACUGCCACGCCCCGACCUGGAAAAACUGCUGCGGAAACGCCCCAGCAACGACGGCGCCGUUGAGGAGCUGAUGGAUGUUCGAAGAUGUGCAGAGCCUUCUGGACUUCAGAUCCUUGAAGGGACUUCGCCCGCUUCGUUGUAUCCCUUGUUCGCUCAAGCGCACGUACAAGCUGCCUGCGUGGUCACAGCCAGCGGUCUCUUUUGUGGCAUCAUUUCGAGGGCCGGCCUGGCAGCAAAGACCACAGCCAUCGAACUGGAAGCCCAAGAGAAGGGAUUCCGAAGUAACCAUGAGGACAGCGACACCGACUGCGAUUCGGACAGUGAGAUGGCCAGGCAGUGAGCCACGGCAUCGGCGCAUCGACAUGGCAAUCACCUAGAGACAAUGUUUGUGAAC